AUGUCAUGGUCCUGUUGGCCCAAAGACGUCUACCAACUUUCCAAUCUGAAGCUGAUUGAUGCCUCUGGCAUUAGGCGUUAUGCUAAGUCGAUACCACUUUUAUCUCGUAUCCUCGAAGGAUCAGUAUGCCUCCGAUUUUUUCCGUCCAGAAUCUUUGGAUCUAUCGGAAACGGAUGCUCUCGUACCUGCGUCACUGUCGUCAAAAUGAGUCACCCCUUCACUUCUCGUGCCUCUGCUGGGCGCCCAGACAACCAGAAUAGGGUCGUUCAGGCAGUCAUUUGCACAUAUCCACCCGACAUCCCACUCACACCCACCAAUCAUCGCCAAAUUCGCCUCGUCUGUUUUCCGUGUGACACACCAACCUAG